GAGGCCGUUUGGGUCCCGGCCAGCCGAGCGGCGUGGGCCUGCGAUCGGCCAGGGAGGCCCGCCGCGCCCCCUCGGCCCGCGCGCCCGUGGCGGAGCGGAAGAGGCGCCCGUCCUGCGCCGCUGCCCGGAGGGGCCGCCGCGCGCCCGCUCCCUGGUCGGCUGGGUCCAGGCAGCUCGAGGACAACACGCGUGCGCGCGGCGGACGGGCGGGCGCGCUCGCCACCUCGGCUGCGGGCGCCGGGCGCAGUCCGCCUCUUCCCGGAGCAGCGCGCCCACGGGGCUCAUUGAUAGCAGCGGCAGCCGCAGCAGCUCAGCACUGGGGAUCCGAGGGCGGAAAGAGGCGGGGUUGGCGGCUCUUUGCUGGGAGUGGGCUGGACCGGACGCCAGAGACAAAGGCUCUCAAGGCAAGAGGGACUGUGGCCCUGGGACGGCGCUGCUCGGGAUUCGUGACCCCAGGACUUCUCGUCCCUUCGUUUUUCUCUUCUGACGCAUCCCUCUCCCCAAGCCCGCCUCCCCUCGGCCGCGACCUCACUCCUCCGCGGGAGGGCCGCGAUGGAGGUCCCGCCCCGGCUUUCCCAAGUGCCGCCGCCAUUGUUCCCCUCCGCUCCCGCUACUUUAGCCUCCCGCAGCCUCUCCCAUUGGCGGCCGCGGGCGCCGCGGCAGCUCGCCCCGCUCCUCCCUUCGCUCGCUCCCAGCUCCGCCCGACAGGGGGCGCGCCGGGCCCAGCGCCACGUCACCGCACAGCAGCCCUCGCGAUUGGCCGGCGUGGCGGCUAUAAAGGGAGGACGCAGGCGGCGCCCGGAUCUCUUCCGCCGCCAUUUUAAAUCCAGUUCCAUACAACGCUCCGCCGCCGCCGCUGCCGCGACUCGGACUGCGCGCCCGCACCCGGAGGCCGACAACCCCGCCGCCAUGGAGGACAUGAACGAGUACAGCAACAUAGAGGAAUUCGCAGAGGGGUCCAAGAUCAACGCGAGCAAAAAUCAGCAGGAUGACGGUAAAAUGUUUAUUGGAGGCUUGAGCUGGGAUACAAGCAAGAAAGAUCUGACUGAAUAUUUGUCUCGAUUUGGGGAAGUCGUAGACUGCACAAUUAAAACAGAUCCAGUCACUGGAAGAUCAAGAGGAUUUGGAUUUGUGCUUUUCAAAGAUGCUGCUAGUGUUGAUAAGGUUUUGGAACUGAAAGAACACAAACUGGAUGGCAAAUUGAUAGACCCUAAAAGGGCCAAAGCUUUAAAAGGGAAGGAACCCCCAAAAAAGGUUUUUGUGGGCGGAUUGAGCCCAGAUACUUCAGAAGAACAAAUCAAAGAAUACUUUGGAGCCUUUGGAGAGAUUGAAAAUAUUGAACUUCCCAUGGAUACAAAAACAAAUGAAAGAAGAGGUUUUUGUUUUAUUACGUACACAGACGAAGAGCCAGUAAAGAAAUUGUUAGAAAGCCGAUAUCAUCAAAUUGGUUCUGGGAAGUGUGAAAUCAAAGUUGCACAACCCAAAGAGGUGUAUAGGCAGCAACAGCAACAACAGAAAGGAGGAAGAGGUGCUGCAGCUGGCGGACGAGGUGGUACGAGGGGUCGUGGACGAGGUCAGGGCCAAAACUGGAACCAAGGAUUUAAUAACUAUUAUGAUCAAGGAUAUGGAAAUUACAAUAGUGCCUAUGGUGGUGAUCAAAACUAUAGUGGCUAUGGCGGCUAUGAUUAUACUGGGUAUAACUAUGGGAACUAUGGAUAUGGACAGGGAUAUGCAGACUACAGUGGCCAACAGAGCACUUAUGGCAAGGCAUCUCGAGGGGGUGGCAAUCACCAAAAUAAUUACCAGCCAUACUAAAGGGGGACAUUGGAGGAAACAGCGGGAACUUCAUUGCAGGCCGUGUGUCACCCUGACCACGUCUAUCUCUGGGGGUCGCACGUUGCGGGCAGAGCGCAAGGCAUACACCAGAAAACGCUGUCCUGUGGUAUGGUCUCUUCCAACUUCAUGUACCAGCGUAAAGAUUAAAGUGGAAAACUUCAGACUUUGGCUUCUUUUUUUUAAUCUUUUUGAAGAUUAAGUGUCUAAACUUAACUUAAAUGGUUUUUUACAGGAGUUAAAGUACAUAAAUGCCUUUUUACAGCUUAAUCAUUUUGGUCUUCUGUUUAGUGUUGUAUUUCAAUUGUGGAGCCUCAUUUUAAGUGUUCAUUCUUUAAGAUUUAAUGCUUGCUUUUUCUUUUUAUAGCUAAUAGUGAAAUCUACAAACCAAAACAAGAACUUUAAAAUCUGGGAUACAAAUUAAAGAUCAUAUGCACAGAGCAAUUUGUUUUCUUGCAAUACAAGCCUAUUAGAAAUUUGUGUUUGUAAUUGCAUUCGACGUGGCUUACUAGAGAUGCUUCUAGUAGACCUUGAUCUAGCACAGUUCGACCUGUGAAUAUGGGAAGAUGGCUUUCCCAGAUUUUCUAAGUAAAUUUAAUAGCAUUCGGGAACUCCAGGGUGCAUUUACUAAUUACCCAAACUGCAUUUUGCCAGUGAAUUUGCAUGUGAUCUUUAAUUGAAGAAAAGAAUAAAGUGAGAACUUAAAAACAAUUCAUGAAAGUGGACCUUUGAAAGCUUGUCAGAGUUGCACAGAUCUAACUGCCAUUUUGUUUUUGUUUUUAGGAGGAUUUUGCUAGCGCAACCCAUCUUGCAGAACAACAUUGAAGAUUGGUCUUCUGUUGAUCUGAGAUGAUUAUUUUGUAAAAGACUUUCUAGUGUACAAGACACAACUGUGUCCAACUGUAUAUAGCCGCCAAUUAGUUUUCUUUGUUUUUACUUUGUCUUUUGCUAUCUGUGUUAUAACUCAAUGUGGAUUUGUGUUUAUACAAAUUUUAUUUGUAUGAUUUCAUGUUAAACCUCAAAUAAAUGCUUCCUUAUGUGAUUGUU